AUUUAGUAGUCAUCGUAACCCAUUUUGUGACAUUAGGCAUUGCAUGCUAAUUUGGUAUGUGGAGUUUGUACCCAUGUCUCCUUGCAAUUCCACUAGUACAAAAUCUAAACCUCAACUCUAAGGUAUGCCAAGUGUUAGGCUACCCUUCUCCCAUCUGGCGUUUCCGUAUUCUACGCCCUCUUCACUACCACUUGCGCCUAAUCUCAUUUUUCUCCUCAUUUCUUUUACUCUUCCACAUUCCAUUAACAAACCCAACAAUCCAACAUUUGAGUCACAAAAAUUCUCAAAAAAAAAUUAUAAUCAUGCUCUAAUUCUAGAUACAGAAACUGUAUGUCACAUAAAAAGUGACAUAAUAUCGUAUUUAUAUAAAGAUUAUGAUGGCUAAUUUACAAGCUAACCAUCAAAUACUCAACAUUUCCAGAACACUCUCCAUUUCUGGUGAAUCCAAGUCAUUUAAACCAGUUGUUAUUACAAAAUCAUUAGUACUAAUACAUAAUAAUAAGUGUAUUAUUAGAGGUGGGUCAUUUAAAGCAGCAUGUAUUAGUAGUGAUAAUAUAAACAGUAGCAGUAACUGCAGUGCUCUGGUACAGCAGCAUCCACCUAGUACAGAUGAAGAACUGGGGAUUAUGAUUGAUCAGAUGGCUGAAAUUGGAAUCAGAAAAAAUGAAGGGUUUGAUGAAAAUAGAGAGAUUGAGUAUUUGGUGAAAGAAUAUGGUUGGAAAGUGAGGAGGAUGAGAGAGGAUAAGAAUGAAAUGAAGAAGGUUGCUCAAGUUCAAGCCGAAGCUUUUCAUGUUCCUUCUCUUUUCUUUGAUGAUUGGUUCUUUAGUUUUUUUCAGGCUGAAGUUCUUGCUGGACUUGUUUAUAGAUUACGCAACUCUCCUCCAGACAGGUAUGCAUGUCUGGUGGCAGAGCCCGCAAAGGAGUAUGAUAGGGAUACUUCAAUGAAUUCUCAGGCAGAACAAGAUCAACAGCAACUUGUAGGUGUAGUUGAUGUCACUGUAUUAAGAGACAACGACGUGAUGCAACACCUCCAAGGAGCUCCAGAGUAUCUCUACGUUUCUGGAAUUGCCGUUUCCAAACACUUCAGGAGGCAGAAAGUAGCAACUGCUCUGUUGAAAGCCUGUGAGGUAACAGCAGUGUUAUGGGGACAUGAAUAUCUUGUGCUAAGAGCAUAUGAGGAUGAUUACGGUGCUCGUUCAUUGUACACCAAUGCUGGAUAUAGACUGGUGUCCAUAGACCCUAUUUGGGUUACUUGGAUUGGGAGAAAACGUCGAAUCCUCAUGAUCAAAAGAUGCUGCUAGUGUUCGUAAUUGUUCUUCUCCCUGUAAGUACAUCAGAUCAUGUACAGCCUUCUACACAAUACUUAAAUCAAUUUAAAGGGUCUAGUAAUCUUUACUACUCGUACUUAAAUUAAAGGCCCUUGGCUUGAAUUUUGUAGGGAGGCCUUGUCGAUUGAAGGAGGAUGGAUUUGGGUAAAGAAGAUAAUGGUCUGUAUCUAUUGGAGAUGCUCAAAAUCAUGUUUUUUGAACAAUGUGACCUCCUUUACCCAAACUUACUUGGAGCAAAGUAUUACCGAAAUUGGAAUUACAUGUAUACUCUUGUUUCCAAUGUUAAAUUCCAUCCAAACCUACUUGGCUUA